CCAGGAUGAAUAUGGAGGUUCUUGAGACUGUGAUGCCGCCAUGACUCCGAGGUCGCCCCCCACGCUCCCGGCGACGAUAUGAGAAAUACCUGCUCCGCUGCUGCCAGAGUUCAUCGCAUCUACUCGGACGGUAUCUACAUCUACGCCACUUCUGCACAAUACCUGCUCCGCCCACUAUGAAGUAUCUGAUGGUGGCACUUCUCGUGGUCAGUCUGACGGCCUCGGAGGAGGUCAUGGCCUCGUCGCGGGACUCGGCGCUGCCCUCGCCCGUCCAGCCCCACGCCCACUCACACAGGGCGCAGGACGCUGCCGCAGUUCCGCCCGCGCACCGGAAGGAGAAGGUGCGGCACGCGCAUCGCUUGCGGGAGCGCUUCCACGGCAAGAAGAAGCUCCACCGCGUGCGCUUCCUCGACUACGCCCCCGACAAGCCCCUGCACAUAUACGAGAAGCCCCAGCGCGACUCCGCGAGGGCGUUGGACCAGGCCUACUUCUGGUCCUACACUGGGCUCGGGACGCCGAGCGACCUGUGGCAGCAGGCCAUCCGGGUCCUGCCGGGCGAGGGCAAGGCCGCCAAGCCGAAGCCCGUGGCGAUGCCGGUGACGGAGAACCUGAAGCGGGACCCGGACCCCGUCGCGUAUUACGGCCUCCCGAAGGAGCUCAUGCCGAUCCACCCGGGAGGAGGGUCCAGGUUCGAGGACCUGGAGAAGGAGCGCCUCGAGAGAGCGAAGUUGGCCCACACCAAAGACGCCGGAGACGACGCGGACAACGGCGCCGGCCACGACGCGGAGGGCCUCUACAGCGCCGCCGCCGCGCCCUUCCUCUCGCUCCCCGCCGUCGUCGUCGCCUGCUGCGUCAGCUUCGUCCUAUAGAUCCCGUUUCCCAGACCGUUUUCCCGAUCCCGGAAAGUCGUUCCAUGUUACUGAUUUUUAAAAGCCUUUCGUGGUCUCGCAAGUUGGUGAAUGAGUAUUUAUUUUGUCCUGAUGAACACGAUGAACUUUUUGAUAGGUGUUAAGCAGAAUAGAUUUAGUGCUAUGAAUAUAUUGUUGUGCCACGACACAUAGUGAUACCGUAUGUGCGUAUGAGGAUGUGUGCGCGCGUGCACAUAUACGCCUGCAUACAUUUAAACUUGCGUAUGUGCGUUUGUGUGUGUGUGUUUGUGUGUCUCUGUCUACUUGUGUGUGUGCUUGAAUGUGUAUGUUUGUGUGUAUGUGUGCUUAUGGAGAGUCCAUAACAUAGAAUGAAUAUAAAACACCAUUGCAAUUAUUUGUUAAGUAUGAUUUUUGGCUGUCCUUAAUUUAAUCAAAAUGUAUAAUACUUUGUGGAUGAUUCUGUGCAUAUUAUUUUUGUAAAUACACUUGUUUGGGGGUUUUGUUUUUGUUAAGUGUAAGCAAUACUAUUCCUUUGCUAUAAUGAAAUGUGUUUUUUGCUUCCAGAAAAUAAAGCAAAUUCGAGCAUAAGUGGUGUGUGUGUGUGAGGAAUAUGUAAACAUUGUUGUUUAGUCAGUAGUGUGUAAGCAUGAUCUGAAAACGUUUAUAAGAAUAUCCAUCCAUAGAGUUUGAAAAAAAUAGAGGCAUGAAAAUAUCACAAUACAUAAAUGGAUAAAAGAAAUACUGUCAAGAUAAGAAGGUAGUGUGUUGAACUGCAACACCCUGUUUUUUUCGUUUUUUUUCUAGAGUACAGUGUGAUUCAGAAUGUAAAGUGAACCAUAGUUUGUACUGUAUAACU